UGCAGACUGCUCGAUAUACCUCCGGAGCUUCGUAACCGCAUUUACUGCCACCUUCUUCCCUUCAAGCAGGAGAUCAUCCUUACAGUCAACGGCUACGCUCGGCCAGCACUUCUUGCAACAUGCAAACAAGUCCGUAAUGAGGCUCUGAAGAUGUUCUACGCCAAUAACACCUUC